UGGGGGAAAAAAAGAGGGGGUAACUGCAGCUGGUUAUACAGUUAUCGUUUCUUUUCGUUCUUUCUCUAUCUCUCUCUCUCUUAGAUAUUAUCGACAUAUAUAUACACUCAUUUUUUUCACUUCACUCUUCUCUCUUCAAAAAUAUCGCAAACACUUUUCGCACUUUCUCAGUUUCCCAACCUCUCUCUCUCUCUCUUCGAUUUCCUCAAUUCUCUCUCUCUCUCUCUCUCUCUGCAGCUGAACUUAACUCAACCAUGGCAGCAGUUUCCACUUCUUUCAUCCUAACUCACUCCGCAUCUUCAAUCAAUAAGUUGGACUACUCACAGUUCAAGAUCAAACAUUCCAGCUUGUCACAGAAUAUCAAUCGUCGUGGGGGAGUGCAGCUGUCUUCGGCAAGAAGGCCUCUCACAAUCCAAGCUGCAUAUAGUGAAGGUGGAAGGCCCAGCGGUGCUAGCAUCUUUGUCGGUGGCUUUCUCUUGGGAGGAUUAAUUGUUGGUACCCUUGGCUGCGUGUAUGCACCUCAGAUCAGCAAAGCUCUAGCUGGAGCUGACCGGAAGGAGUUGAUGAGAAAACUGCCAAAAUUCAUAUAUGAUGAAGAAAAAGCCUUAGAGAAAACAAGAAAAGUACUGGCUGAGAAGAUUGCACAACUGAAUGAUGCCAUAGAUGAUGUUUCCUCUCAGCUACGGUCAGAAGAGACCCCAAAUGGAGUGGCUGUGAACUCUGAUGAACUCGAAGCUGCUGCAUGAGACUGUUGCUGUGAUCUCAUGGUACAAAUUGACAAUUACUCUGUUCACUAAAAGCACUUGGUACAAAUUACAAAAUGUAUUUUGAAUUUCUUGUAAUACCUUUUUAGUAUUAAUAACGAAGCAGAUUUCUUUUCAUGGCAGCGUCUAGUGUGUGGGAUGACUAUUAGUUAGUGUUUGAAUUCAUUCACUGUUGUUACAAUGUGAGUCAAGUCCUAUAACUGGCUGGCUGCUUCUGUGCUACUAUCAUCAGCUAUUACCAUACCCUAAUGAGAGGCUGCUAUGACAGGCGUCAAUUUUCACAGUUUACCGUUUUCUGGUUUGUGUUGUUUACAUAAUCAGUGAUUAAUAAAUACUUUGGAUUAUUCA